AUGAGGCUACUGCUGUCAGGGAAAGCCAAGUGCAACUCUCACGGCCAGGAUUCCUCGUACUUCCUGGGAUGGCAGGAAUACGAGAAGAAUCCCUACGACCAAGCCCGGAAUCCUCAGGGCAUCAUCCAGAUGGGUCUCGCCGAGAAUCAGCUCUCGUUUGAUCUUCUUGAAUCAUGGCUGUCCGAAAACCAAGACAUAGCCGGGUUCAAGAGAAAUGGAGAGUCCAUAUUCAGAGAGCUAGCUCUCUUCCAGGAUUAUCACGGCCUUCCCGAGUUCAAACAAGCGUUGGUGCAAUUCAUGGAGGAAAUCAGAGGAAACAAAGUGGGCUUCAACCCGAACAAGAUAGUUCUGACCGCGGGCGCAACUUCUGCGAACGAGACUCUCAUAUUCUGCCUCGCCGAAGCCGGCGACGCCAUUCUCAUUCCCACCCCAUAUUACCCGGGAUUUGACAGAGACCUAAAGUGGAGAACAGGAGCAGAGAUUGUGCCAAUACACUGUACAAGCUCCAAUGGCUUCAAAAUCACUGCUUGUGCUCUCCAACAAGCUUAUCAAGAAGCCCUAAGCCGUAACCUCAAAGUGAAAGGUGUCCUCGUCACCAACCCUUCGAACCCGCUCGGCACGACGAUGACCCGAGCCGAGCUCGACCUCCUCAUGGAUUUCAUCGUUGAGAAGCAAAUCCAUCUUGUCAGCGACGAGAUUUACUCGGGCACCGUUUUUAGCUCUCCAAACUAUACAAGUAUCAUGGAGGUUCUUGCGAAGUACAAGAAAGCCGAGGUUUGGGAUAGAGUCCACGUCGUGUACAGCCUCUCCAAGGACCUCGGCGUCCCGGGAUUUCGUGUCGGAGCUAUAUACUCGAACAACGACUCGAUCGUCGCUGCGGCAACCAAGAUGUCGAGCUUCGGGCUCGUCUCAUCGCAGACCCAGUACUUCCUCUCCGCGCUCCUCUCAGACAAGAAGUUCACCAGGAACUACAUCUCUGAGAACAAGAAGAGGCUGAAAAAGCGGCACGCAUCGCUCGUCUCGGGCCUCCAGAAGGCAGGCAUAAGCUGCCUCAAGAGCAACGCGGGGUUGUUCUCCUGGGUCGACAUGCGGCACCUGUUGAGUUCGAACACGUUCGAAGCGGAAAUGGAGUUGUGGAAGAAGAUCGUGCACGACGUGAAGCUGAACAUCUCACCGGGGUCGUCGUGCCACUGCAGCGAGCCGGGAUGGUUCCGAGUGUGCUUCGCGAACAUGACCGAAGAAACCCUUGAGAUCGCCAUCCGGCGCAUCAAGGCAUUCGUCGAGUCCGCCUCUAGAGGCCAAGAUAAGGUCAUUAGUAGCCAAAGGUCUAGGAACGUGAACUCGAGAAAGAAGUCGUUUUCCAAGUGGGUUUUCCGGCUACCGUUCCACGACCGUGAGGCCGGCGAACGAUAGCCCGGUGACUACUUCUUUCUUUCUUUUUUCUUGGAGCAUAUUCUUGCAUGGACCGGAUCCAAAGUCAUGUGGAAGCCACGUGACUGAGAUGGAAAGGAGUUCAUGAUGAGGAUCACUCCAAGUGGAAAUUUUCAUUUGGUUUUUUUGGACAUAGAACCUCAAUCUUUACAUUGAAAAAUAAAAAUAAAAGGAGGAAGAAGAAGGUGAUG